UCCUCCAGUACCUCCAGUCCUCCAGUACCUCCGGUCCCCCGGUCCUCUGAUCCCCCAGUCCUCCGGUACUUCCAGUCCCCCAGUCCUCUGAUCCUCCAGUCCUCCCGUACCUCCAGUCCCCCGGUCCUCCAGUACCUCCGGUCCCCCAGUCCUCCGGUCCUCCAGUCCUUCAGUCCCCCAGUCCUCCAGUCCUCCGUACCUCCAGUCCUCCAGCCUCCCGGUCUUACAGUACCUCCGGUCCCCCAGUCCUCCGGUCCCCCAGUCCUCCGGUACUUCCAGUCCCCCAGUCCUCUGAUCCUCCAGUCCUCCCGUACCUCCAGUCCCCCGGUACUCCCGUACCUCCAGUCCUCCAGUACCCCCAGUCCUCCGGUACCUCCGGUCCUCCAGUUCCCCGGUCCUCCAGUCCUCCGGUCCCCCAGUCCUCCAGUACCUCCGGUCCUCCAGUUCCCCCAGUCCUCCCGUCCUCCGGUCCUCCAGUACCUCCGGUCCCCCAGUCCUCUAGUCCCCCAGUCCUCCGGUACUUCCAGUCCUCUGAUCCUCCAGUCCUCCAGUCCCCUGUACUCCCAUACCUCCAGUCCUCCAGUACUUCCAGUACCUCCGGUCCCCCGGUCCUCUGAUCCCCGGUCCCUCUGGUUUGUCCUCUGGUCCCCGGUCCCAGUCCUCCAGUACCUCCAGUCCCCUGUAGUCCUCCAGUCCCCCGGUCCUCAGUACCUCCGGUCCCCCAGUCCCUAG